AAAAUAGGAAAAAAAUAAAAUGAACCAAUCGGUGGACAGUUUGCAGAUGGAAGUCGUCAUCCAGAGUUGUUUCUAAAGGAGAAAGGGACGUGGGAAGAGCGAGAAGAUUGCUUAUUACGAUUGCGAGAACGACCCCAGAUAGGCCUUCAUGCCUCCUUACAUGGAGUUUAAGGUUUUUGUGUUCACAUUGGUUGCAAUAUUUCUUCUUUUCCAAGGCAUCUCUCAAAUAGAGCAUAUAGACGGUACACUGUUCUUUCUUUACAUUGAGGAGUCUUAUAGUGUUUGCAGAGAACCAGGGCAUGGAACUUGCAAGCUUUUCAAAUGUGCUUUCAAUCAGGAAUUGCGACCAAAGAUUUUCUUUACUUCAUUUACUGCCUUUUGUCACUUAACAUCUUUGCCUUAAACAUUGCUUUGAUUCCCAGAUUAUGCCAUGCUGUUGAAUAUUUGGCUGAGUUCUUAAGAUGUAAUUUAAGUCUUUCCUCCUUGUACAGGCUUCAUGGAUUUGCUUCCACGACUCUAGUUCAAGACUUUGGUGACUUUUCAAAAUGUUGAAGUUGAAGCCAUCCUAUCAAUCAGCGGUGACAUGAGGUCAUGAUUCACGGAGAAGAAGAAUCUGGCGAAGCAGAGGAGGAGUAAUACAAGCAAAGCAUGAACCCAAUCGAACGGUGGGUCCCCUAUCUCUGUUUAGCCGCACGUUUGUCAACUGGAGUAAAACCAUGCUUUCAAGAAUUUGGGAUGGUACGAGCAGUGGGGUUGGUGGUAGUACCAACCACCAGAGGCGCCGUCGACAGGCCGGAAAACAGCCGCCAAGUCGCCAGAAUUCUUUCACCCGCGAUAUUGGCCACGCUGCUUCUGAGACUUAUCUUAUCACUAGCCUUAGCUUCACUCUUCUCCGAUAUCUCGGGUUACCGGUGGAUGAAUAGAUUGUUUGCCCUUGCUUGUUAUGCUAUGCUACUUUUGCCCGGUUUUCUCCAAGUGGGAUAUUAUUAUUUCUUUUCAAGUCAAGUCCGGCGGAGUAUUGUUUAUGGAGAUCAACCAAGAAAUAGAUUGGACCUAUUUUUACCAACAAAUAACGCUGAACAAGUACCAGUUGUGGUGUUUGUAACUGGAGGAGCAUGGAUCAUUGGCUACAAAGCUUGGGGUUCGCUACUGGGAAGGCAGUUGGCUGAAAGAAAUAUCAUAGUUGCAUGCAUUGAUUACAGAAAUUUUCCCCAGGGAACUAUUAGUGACAUGGUGAACGAUGUUUCUGAGGGGAUCUCAUUUGUCUGCAACAACAUUGCUGAUUAUGGAGGUGAUCCUAAGAGGAUUUAUCUAAUGGGGCAAUCAGCUGGUGCACAUAUAUCUUCUUGUGCUGUUUUGGAACAAACAAUCAAAGAAUCUAGGGGAGAGAGCACCUCAUGGAGUGUUUCCCAGUUAAAAGCUUAUUUUGGUUUAUCUGGAGGGUACAAUUUAUUUAAUUUAGUGGAUCACUUCCACAAUCGCGGCCUCUAUCGUUCCAUCUUUUUAAGCAUCAUGGAAGGAGAAGAAUCCUUUGAACAAUUUUCGCCUGAAGUUAGAAUAAAGGAUCCGUGCAUUAGAGAUGCUGUUUCUUUCUUGCCUCCUAUUAUACUUUUUCAUGGAACCUCGGAUUACUCUAUACCAUCAGAUGCCAGCAAAACUUUUGUGGAUGCUCUUCGCGCGGUGGGUGCCAAAGCUGAGCUAAUUUUAUACGAAGGGAAAACUCAUACAGAUUUGUUUCUGCAAGAUCCUCUUAGAGGCGGUAAGGAUGAUCUAUUCGACCAUAUUGUUUCUGUGAUACAUGCUGAUGAUAAGGAAGCUCUUGCCAAUGAUGCUAUGGCACCACCAAGAAAACGUCUUGUCCCUGAAAUUUUGUUAAGAAUGGCCGGCCAUAUCAGCCCCUUUUAGGGCCAUGGAGUGUUUCCAAGAGCUCUCAUGCCAGGCAGUUGUAUUACACCCUUGUCCAGCACCUUUAUCAUUUAGUCAUCAAUUUUCGACUACUUAGCUGAUUAAUUUACUCCAUUUGGUGGUACCAUUUUGAGAGAUACAAGCUUACCAAGUGCUUUAAACCAUGGUGAGAAAAAGAAAAGUUGUACUUUAUUAGGUCUACCCACAAGCCAAGAUAGGCUUCUUAAUUAGAGGAAACUUCAUCUUCAACCUUAUGUUAUGGAUGAACCAUUUCUUCAUAUGUUGUUACAGGCUUACUUAACUUAUUUUCAGGAAAUGAAAGUUAUUGCAUUUAUGAAUU